AUGGCAUCUUAUAUGAGCGACUCAUCUCCCCCGCCGGCUCAGCCCAAGACUAGAGCCGAGCGACGUACUUCAUGGGGCAUAAGCCUCGGAUCGCGUUCGUCACCUCGUGCCGACAGCUACGGCCAUGCCCACUCACGGUCGCACUCGGGAUCCGUGUCAGGCCCAACUCCACAGACCAUCCCGGAACACCCGGCAUCUCCGACUCCACCACCUCAACUACCCCAGACCUCACGUACAUCCCCAUUUGAUACCUUGACUCAGGGUAGUGAUGAUCAAGCUUCGGCCUGGGCCCCACCGCGGCCCCAUACGCCGCCCCAGCAGUCUGCCGGGCCUCCCGGAGACAGUGAUUCGGAGCCGGUGUCCCCCGUCUCGGACACACACUCCAUAUCAACGACGCCCCGGUUCCAAGCUAAGGACACGCCCGGCGACGACUAUUCCGCGGGAGGUGACCUCCAGGUUCCUAGACCCAUCAGCAAGACCCAGCCGUCAUGGGACCCCUUCACGGGCACACCCUUGGUGGAAGAGGAGGGGUUCGAGAUGGGACAGUCCACGGAUCCGAGCCCUCCUGCGUCUCAUGCAGGUCAAGGUCAGGGUCAAGCUCCUCCUCCUCCUCCUUCUCAAGCCACACACACUAUCGCCGCUGUAAGACCACGUGCAAACACGGCUGAUGACCCGUAUGACGACUGGGUCGUUGUGUCGCCGCAGUCGCCUCCUUCUGGUCAGAUCCACGUGGUAUCUCCUCAGUCACCGCCACAGGCGCUGCGUUCGUUCGAGCCUACCGAAUCGAGCAGAGAAGUUGAUGAGGAUGAUCAUGAUUUGACUCAUGGUUCUAGUUCAACGGGUCUUUUUAUUGUGCAGCCGAGUCAUCAGUUGCAGCCGGUUCAACAGCAGUCGGUCCAGCAGCAGCCGAUACAGCAGCCGCAACAGCAACAACAGACCAUAAACCAUCUGCCAUCACAGCAGACUUCUCCCCAGCGCCAAUCUUCCUUUGUUGGCCUCCCGCCCAUCAGGCGAAGUUCUACAUUCGGCAUCAAUCUGACCAAGCGGGCGAAGAAACGCUUUCCCUUGGACGAAGACGAUGAUAACAAUUUCGUUUCCUCUCCGGUCACCACGACAAAUGACCAACAUGGCAACGAUGGCGGCUCUUCAUCCCGAUUCCAUCAAGGGGAACCUAGCUGGUCUGCACAGUCUGCGCAACCCAUGCGCGUCGACACUGGGCCAUCGCGCUUCCGCAAAGACAGCAACAUGUCACACAACGUCCUUUCGGCAACAUCAACGCAGGCGGCCACGCUAGCGACCGAGAGCAGUGGGAUGACUGGGCAGGAUCUAAGAAUCGACGACGAAAAGAGACCUCUUGGGCCGGGAGUAGCAAUGAAGGGCGCCGGCCGUGUACCAGGACCCAUUGACACAAGAGCAGCGAUGGAACAGAAUGAGGGUCGAACGAGCGGUCCACCCUUUGGCCCUGGUUUGCCUCCUCACCAAGGGAUAAUGUCCCCAACUUUCGGAGGCAACCCGAUCCAUCACCUCCCUCCACAAGGCCCAUGGAAGCUCGAGGAGUCGCAUUUGUCUGAGCCACUGGCAACCAGCAGAAACCGGCAGUCAGGAGGAUCUCUGUCACCUCACCAGCAAACCUCCUUCGGGAUCGAUAAAGAGACUGGUGUGCCUUCGACGGCGGCCCAACGACCCGAGACGCAGUUGCCGCCUAGGCAGAAGUUCUCUGAAGUGCCUCCAUCAUCAGCACAGCGUUAUCCUGGCUUAUUCACCCCGCAAGCAGGAUUUCAGAACCCCAGCUCACCCACAGGGCCACGAGGCUCGGAAGACCUCGGUCAGCAUUUCUACAACCGCGAUUCUGCCUCGCUGUACAGGACACAGACGGGUGACUCCGAAGUCAGCGGCUUCGACCCCUCAGUAGAUGAGGAGCGUGGGCGCAGGCGAAGCUCUGGCUUCUUCAAAGAAAUCGGAGGUCGCAUCUCGCGUCACACCUCGCGGGAACGGCCAGCGUCCAAGGCCGAGAGUGGAGCGCCAAGCUACAUGGCCGGUCCAGACGUGCGAGGAGAUGCCGUGUCCGAGGCGAGUGUUGCCACAGGAGAGCUUCAAGACCGCCAGAGACGACGUUCAAGCUUUUUCCUCAAUUUACGGGGUUCCAAACCUUCCGAUGUUGGAGGCCCCCAGGGUCGCGAUGGUGGUGAAGUGAUCACGCCGUCGCCAAAGGCGAGUCCGAACCCGGGGGGUCCGUCCCAGGUCCAGCCACCACCGGGAGGGCCUGCGGAGAGAAAACGGUCGUUCUUCGGUCCAGGUGCUGAUCAAUCCGCCAAUCUCCCAAUGCCCAACCUGUCUCGUUCGUCAACGUCCACUGCUGGAUAUGAAGUAGCAGGCGGAGCAAUGGGCCCUCCCAAGAAGAGGUUCUCUGGCUUUACGAGCAAGGUGUUCCCUCGUAGUUCGAGUCAGCAGGAUUUACAGGUGCCACAGAAACCUAGCACAUCUCAUUCUUCUACAACUUCGACCAUGUUUGGUCGUCCGCCAAGCACGCAAGGAAGUCAACCUGGCAAACCUAGCCCCCUAGCCGCGCAGGGGAGAGAGAGGAGCAACACCACUGGUACAAAUCAACUUUUCGCACAGGAAACCCUGGUGAAUAAGCCACUAGGUAACGUCGAAAAUGACGAGCGAGGCAGGAGAAGCUCAGCAGGCGGGUUUCUCUCUGGACUCUUUGGCAAACGCGCUGCCAAUAGGACAAUCGAGGCGCAGCAUGGACUCCCUCAAGCACAAGACCAGAACGCAAGUGUCCCGGCACAGUUCAGAGUGCAGCAGCAUCCCGGUCAACAGGCAGCGCCGUCAAACCUCGAGCCAAGGCGCGAGGAUGAAGGUCAGCCACCGAUGCGAAGUCCGCCUCAGGGGUUCGGUUCGCAGCAACAGCAAGAGUCACCUCGCUUCCAAGGCUUUUCUAUGCACCCGGGAGCUGGCGCACGCCUUCGGUCUCAGCCUCAGCCUCAGUCCCAGCCCCAGGGACCUGAACUGCAUCAAAGAAAGUCCAAUGGGUCUUUCCUACCCUCUCCUCAACCGUCGCAGCAAUUUGAUACAGUGACAGAUCAACAGAGAAGAAGUUCCGCUGUGGAAGAAGCGCGAGCACGACCGGUGUCUGACUUGCAGAGCGAACGCCGUGAAGCUCCUAUCGCGGCUGGCCGCGAAGCCCCGCACGAUGAAUUUGUCUCACGGAGAAAGUCCAGUCAGAUGUUGAGUAUGGAGUCGAAUCCUUCGCAAUCCAUUGAUACUCCGGCGCCCCCAUCACAGAGAGAGCAACCAUUGCCGGGACGUCGCCAUCUCACUGAGCAGAGACAGCCUUCUCUAUCAUUUCUGCAGGCAGAGGAGCAACUCUCGCGCCCUGAGCAGUCAGAAGACCAGACUGAAACCCACUGGGUUCCUCCCGGAUUCUCGGCCGAGCCAACGCCGGAGCCAUCAAUCAGACACAGCUACGGACGUGAGAACUCGCCGGGGCCCCAGACACCGCCUCUGGGCCAGGGGCAAGGCGCCAAUCACCAACAGGCUCUCGGUGUCCAGAAGUCUGGCCACGCCAGGCGAAUCUCGGAGCAAUCUGCGUCGUUGCUGUCUCCCUCCUCCAACUUCAGGGCACAAUCUCCCAAUGGGGUGGUUGGCCAGUCCGAUACCUCGCAACAGUCCUCGAUAUCGAACUCGCCCAAACCGGCGGCUGUGACUCAGAUGCCGGCUCCGAGGUCACCUGUGGUCUCUGAAAGCAGAGUGCCUCCGCCCGAGUCGUCUCAGGGGCGUUCACAGCCUGGUAGACCUGCCAACAUGCAGCAACCUGAUGGAAUGGGUCAGCAAAUGCCAGGACUCGCUUCUCCAGGACGUCCUCAGCAGCAGCAGCAGCAGCAGCAGCAGUAUUCUCAGCACUCUCAGCAGCCUCAGCAGCCUCUCCAACCUCAACCUCAACCUCAACAGCAACAGCAACAGCAACAGCACCCACAUCAAUCUCAGCAUCAGCACCAGAGCUUUGAUCAUGAAAACAGACCUCCAGCUCAAUUCUCUCAAGCAUUUCCCCCACCGAAUCAACGUUCUUCGCUCCCUUUCCCCCAAAGCCACGGCAUGCAGUCUGGAGGUCAAGACUCCGGUGUUGAUGGUCAACAGAACCCAGUGUCCAAGUGGUUCAAGAAUAGGACAUCAACGCAACCACAGCCUCGGCCUAACCCAGGUCCCCCGAAAGAGUCGACAACUAAGUCUAUUUUCAAUGCGUUUAAGCGAUCAUCCAAGCAGCCAGAACCUCGGCCACAACAACAGAUACAUCCAAGCCAGGUUCAACAGUCGCAGCCGCAGCCGCAGCCGCAGCAGUCUCACAAGAGCCAGGGCCAGCAAAGGAUGCCGCCAGCCAUUCCGUUGUCACAGAGAAGUCAUCUGCCACAACAAGGACCUCAUCACAUGUACCAAGAACAGCGCCCAUCCAUGGGUUCCUUUGAGCAAGGGCCUCCCCCUCAACGCGACAUGGCUGGCAGAACCCCCGAAGCGAUGCAGCAGAAUAAUGGAAGAUUCUCAAGCCAACAGGACGUACCUUUCGAACCUGUCAUGACUCGGGCAAUUCCGAACGGUCCUGGGCCAAGUGGAAGCGUACGCUCCAACCCUCAACCUUUCGUUGAACCUCAGUACGACCAAGUCCCUAUUCCACAAGGAUAUGCUGCCGUUCACGGUGAAGGAGGCGUAGCGCCAUCCCCCUACGCCCUCUCACGUACCUCACCACCGGUUCAGUAUCCUGCCUACCAUUCACCGCAGGUGCCACAAUGGGGUCAGCCUCCUGUUGCCCAGAGACAUCCGUCCGAAAUAUCAAUGUACAGCCACCCCAGCCCUCCCAUACAGCAAGGACAGCAGCUGCUUCACAGCCACCCACAAGGAGGUGCAUGGCCCGAGGGCGACCGGCGCGUGAGCAUGGCCUCGCACCAGUCCAACAUCUCACAUGCCAGCCAUAGCACGCAGGCGGCCCAUGCCGGUCCGCAGGGUGACGUGCCAAUUCCCAAUCAGCAACAUCAGCCACAACAAGACCCGAGAGGCAUACGGUUAGUGAACCAAAAUGACAGCCGUAUCGCGGGUCCGGACCCGCAGUUUGGUCAGCAAACCAUGCCGCCGGCGCAAGAGCCUCAACAGCAACGAUACUCCCUUGUUGAUGCGGCGGCUCUAGCCGCAGCAUCUCCCCAGAUACAGCAUAGUAAUAGUAGAGAGGCUCAGGGAGAGCAACAGACCAACUCUGCUGCAGGGCAAACGUAUGCCAACAGUGUGGCCCGAACCGCAAAGGAGAACAAGCCUUCAUCUCCCCAUCCUCAGGAGCACACUCAGCAGACGCAAGGCCUUGCAAUCGAUGAUGGUAGUAUGAUGGGGAACAACUCUCGUAGCAUUUCCGACGGCAAGCAAGGGCCGGCGCAGAACAUCAUAUCGUCUGAACCGCCCGCGCCCGCGCCAGCGCCAGCGCCCACGGCACCUCGCCUCAGCGUCAACGUGCAGCAAGCAAACCAAGAACCCAAGGACAACAAUGACCUCUACGAAUCCACACCACGUCUGCCCUCCAAUCCUUCCCAGUCGACGGUAGCACAGCCCAUAGUUGCCUCAAACACGGGCCACAGCAUGGUCAGCGACAGCUCUGCCGACGAAGCGCCCAGAAACGCCAGCCACGCCAAUGGCAGCGCUGGCGGCGGCGCCGCCGCCGCCUCGACUACCCUAGCGAGGGGCAAGAGCACGCGAGCCGAGCUGGAGGAUACGGAAGACGAACGUCAGAGGACCAUGCGGCGCGAGGCCCAGGAGGAGAAGAUCCUGGUCGACCCGUACGAAGAGCUGUCGUCAGGAGGGGUCAAGUAUAGGAAGGAAGAGGAGCCGGCGGAUGUGCCCCAGAUGAGCGCGACGAGUUACCCCGGCCAGGAGUGGAAUCCCUACGGAGCUGGCGGGUACGAAGAUUGGGAUUGA